GAAUCAUCCUCGACCACCUUCAGGCAUCAUGCAAGCUAUUUCCAGAACACUGUUCAAUUGUUAAUGGAUCCACGCCAUUGAUCUACACUCUUCACAACAUAUAUUACCUCCUUAUAUUCCUCAUCCUCUCCCGUCCCCUCCGUCCACCAUGUCCCUCACGCUCAAACUCUCGUCCCUCGUCAUCCGCACGUUGUCAAAGCCGAUCGCCAACCAACUCAAGGCCCAGGCUCGUGAACAUGAACGCUUCCGACACAUCUGCGUCUCCAUGGCGCAAGGUCUUCACCGCAUCGACAUGCGCCUCCGGCUAGGCAACAUCCGUGACAACGCCGCAUCGCAAAAACGCGCGGCUGCCGAAGCAGAGCUCCGAAAACACAAACCAACCUCCCCGACCGUGAAGACCGCAGCCGAGGCGAAAGCAGAAGAGGAGGCCGUGGCGAGAGCCAAAGCGGCAGCCGAGGAAGCCGCAAAGCCAGCGCCGAAACCUCACAUUCGACCAUUGUCCGAGUCCAAGGCCAUCGAGUCGGGUGCUACAUUCAUCAGUGAGACGUUUCUGUUCCUCGUGGCAGGUGGGUUGAUCGUGUUUGAGUCAUGGCGCUCUCGGAGGAAAGAAACAACCCGCAGGGAGGACGUGGAGACUCGGCUGGCGGAACUGGAGCAGUCUGAGAAGGCUGCCCGGCAGGCCCUACUAGCCUUGGAGAAGGAGCUGCUUCAACAGAAAGCCAAGCACGGCGAGCUCCCGAGAUCAUCUGCACGGAUCCUGCCGCGCGAGGUCUGGGACGUUGAGCAGGAGGAGGAAGUGAAGACACCGGAGGAGCCGAGCCUGUUUUCCUGGAUCGCAUCGUAUCUUCCUUUCGGUGAGACUCCCGAACAACGGGCAGAGUCCGUGAUUAAGGAGAGCAAGAGCGCGACCAAGCCACCGGCCGAUGCUCAAGCAGCUGUACCGGCACCCAAGCCAGUCGAACCUGAGCAGAAAGUGCCAGAGCCGAAGAAGGCUUAAUCCAUAUCGGCAAUGGAAUUGACGUUACUGUACAUACCGUUAUAGAACCACUGGGGCGCUAUAUAGUCUAGGACUUUGCUAUUUAUCUUGGGAUACCCUUAUAUAUUACAGCACGGGCGAGGCAAACUUGCGGGGAUGUUGGGAGCAUCUAGUGGAGGCGGC